AUGACCUGCAAGCUCGGAGCCGAAUUUGGCGGGACCCACCGGUUUUUGGCGGAUCGAAAACCGGGUUUUUGUUUUUGCGUACCUGAAUUGGUAGGACGCAUUGAACUGGUCGCCUACAGUUCCGUGGUCUGCAAUGUAACCCAAGAUACCUGCAUUAUCAGCUGGGAGGGGCUUAGGCAUAACAGUUUGCUUCAACAACGCCUUACAGCUCAGAUCCCGCUUGACUUCAACAACCCAAAGCCAUGGGUGCUUAGCCGACACAUCGAGAACCUCGUCUCCAGGAUUGAAGGCGAACCAGAUAAGAAGGCGCAAAAGACGCGUCACAAGAAUGACAUAGGAGACUGCCACUGUAACGGGCUGGGCCCGCAACCGCGCUCAGACCAGCGCGCCGACGAGGAUAACCACCUGCACAUGAGCUUCGCCGAGCUGCAGCGCAUGCGCCUUCGAGAGCUUCAGUGCCGGCUCGUCAAAAGCAUCGUUGACAUGAGGAUCGACCCUCGAACCGCCGCCGACUGGGAGGCCAAUCUGAAGGAGUAUAUUCAGGCGGUUCGCGACUAUGACUUCAUGACUGAAUGUAGCCAGCGGAACAAAGGAGAUAAUAUUAGAAAAAGAGAAAUAUGAAGUAAAGAAAAAGAAUGGAGAGUAAAAGGAAAAAAAAUAAGUACAUAAGUCAGCCAUAUGACUGUUGAGUGGUGAAACGGUGAGAUCUCUUGGCCGCAGGCUAAAAGAUUGUGUCUAAUAAUGACGGCGGUGUCUCAACACUCGCAUCUCCCUCGACGGCCAGUCCCACAAACACGACCAACACUGCAGCAUAUGCCAGUGUAGCUGCAAGAACCUCAGUCGGCUUCUCCAUUCUCCAGGCCAGGAUAGUCCCAAAGACAACAACAAAAGCCGUGGUCGUAAUUAGGCAGGUG